GUCUAGGCACCAUGGUGGCUGGCGGCCUGCGGGCGGCGCUGUGGCCCGUCGGGCGGCCCCACAGAGCCGCCCUAGCCUCCCGCCUUCCCCAAGCCAACGUCUCCGCCGUCGGUUCCGCGGCGCCGCCAUGGCCGACGUAGAAGACGGAGAGGAAACCUGCGCCCUGGCCUCUCACUCCGGGAGCUCAGGCUCCAAGUCGGGAGGCGACAAGAUGUUCUCCCUCAAGAAGUGGAACGCGGUGGCCAUGUGGAGCUGGGACGUGGAGUGCGAUACGUGCGCCAUCUGCAGGGUCCAGAUGCCUGUCUUAGAUGUCAAGCUGAAAACAAACAAGAGGACUGUGUUGUGGUCUGGGGAGAAUGUAAUCAUUCCUUCCACAACUGCUGCAUGUCCCUGUGGGUGAAACAGAACAAUCGCUGCCCUCUCUGCCAGCAGGACUGGGUGGUCCAAAGAAUUGGCAAAUGAGAGUGGUUAGAAGGCUUAGUGCAGUUGUUCAGAGCCCUGGUGGAUCUUGUAAUCCAGUGCCCUACAAAAGCUAGAACACUCCAGGGGAUGAAUUCUUCAAAUAGGAACCGAUGGAUCUGUGGUCCUUUGGGACUCAUCAAAGCCUUGGUUUAGCAUUUUGUCAGUUUUAUCUUCAGAAAUUCUCUGCGAUUAAGAAAAUUUAUUAAAGAUGGUCCUUCCUACCUCUGUGGUGUGCGUCGCGCACACAGCUUAGAAGUGCUAUAAAAAAGGAAAAAGCUCCAAACUGAAUCACCUUUAUAAUUUACCCAUUUCUAUACAGCAGGCAGCGGAAGCAGUUUCAGAGAACUUUUUGCAUGCUUACGGUUGAUCAGUUAAAAAAGAAUGUUACAGUAACAAAUAAAGUACAGUUUAAAACCCAACUCUUACUCUUAACUUGUUCCUAAUAUGUAUUUUUGGCAGGGAGAGGGAGCAGUCCAUGAGAUCUUUAUGUGAUACGAGGAUUUUAAGUUUGGGCCAGUGAACAGGGUAAAUAAAAUUUAACUUUUGGGCAUAUGGAAUUUUGAUUGUCUUUAAAGUUACUAUUCUCUAUCAUUGAUUCAUCAAGAAAACCUAGAUCUGCACUCACCUCACUGUUCAAUCAUUGAGUAGUAAAGGACAGAAGUAUUUUCUAGUUCUGGUCAGAUGAUGUAAUUUUUUUUUUUUUUUUUUUUUGAGGUGAAGUCUUGUUCUGCUACCCAGGCUGGAGUGCAGUGGCAUGAUGUCAGCUCACUGCAACCUCUGCCUCCCAGGUUCAAGUGAUUCUCCUGCCUCAGCCUCCCAAGUAGCUGGGAUUACAGGCAUGUGCCACCACACCCAGCUAAUUUUUGUAUUUUUAGUAGAGACGGGAUUUCCCCACGUUGGCCAGGCUGGUCUCGAACGCCUGACCUCAGGUGAUUCGCCUGGCCUCCCAAAGUGCUGGGAUUACAGGUGUGGGCCACUGUGGCCGGCCCAGAUGAUAUAAUUUAACUGUGUUUUAGGUAACAUGUUAAUGAGGGAAAAUGUUUACCAGUGUAGCAUUGGAUCAAAAAGUUUAUCACACAAUGUUUUAAUAAAUGGUUUAUUCUGCUUACCUUAUUUGAAUUGUCAUUAUAAUUUUAUGUGCAACCGUAAACUUAAUAAACUAAUUUGUUAAGUAAAUAAUUUGCAAAAAUUUAUAUUCACUUGCUCUUUCAUUUGACAGUAAUAAAAUUUACGGUUUAUUACCUGGAAACAGUGCAAGAAAAUACUAAACUUUAUCAAACUGAUUCACACUGAGGGGAGGUUAUUUUGUAACAAAUAAUGGACCACAAGUUCAUUUUGGAUUCUUCUGUAGUAGAGACUACUGAUAUGAAUUUAAGAAAAAACCUUAGAGUCUUAACUUUUCACAUCUGCAGAUUAAGUUUGCCAUUCUGAAUUUUUAAAUCUAAGGGAUGUGGAUACAUGGAAUGUUUAAAAAGGUAACAAUUAGAAUAAAAAUUAAAAUUACGUAUGCUUUUAUAUGGGUUACUUUUUAUUGAUCACAUUUCUCUGGAAAUUUUUGCUUUAUAUUUUUUCACAGUUGUCUUUCCAGCUACUGAAAAAAUUAUACAAAUAUCUUUUACCAUUUAAACGGUUAUCAUUGUGCAGUGAACUGUUUUAGUAACUUUCUGUUUGACCUUUUUAGAAGGUUGCAUCCUUAAGAUGUGAACCAGAUACAUGGCUUUGCAUUGAAGAGGAAAGCAGUAGAAUGUCAGGUUACUUUAGGCAGUGUGACAGUAUAUAAAUGAAAUGUGGAGGAUGGUGAUAACGAUUUGAUUUUCCACACAGCAAAACCACAGUCCCGCCACCUAACAAAGCCCUGUUUAUGCUACACACCAGCAUCUGAGGGAAGAGGAGGCACUGUGACAAAGCAGCGCUGAUGCUGCCCAGCCUGCGAUGAUUACAGCUCAUCUGCACAGCCAUCUGAAAGUUUAAUACAUACUCAUCAGAGGGAACAUGCUGGGACAAUUUUGGGUUCCAACACAAAAGUUAAGCAUCAAACAGGUUUUUCUUUCCAUUUGAUUAAAUGAUGCUGAUUUUAUUUUACUCUUGCAUUAGAAACAAAGAUUAGUUAUCUUUUGCUAUUUAAUUUUCCAUCUAUGCAAAUUGUGUUAUUACAGCUGACCGCUAUCAGUAAAUCUUAACUCUGUUGGUCCCAUUGCUUCCUUUUUUAUAAAAAUACUGUGUCCCCCUUUACUGUCGUGAAGUGAAAUUCAUAAAUAUAUU